AUGCUACAAGGUUUUGUAGUCUCUAUAUUCUUGCAAUUGGUUAUUAUGCAGCUUAUUCCUGAUAUUUCGGACUCUAGUGGGAAACUAUCAUUGCUUAUCUUAUUAAUAAUAAUUCUGUAUGUUUCCUCUACUGAAGAUGCUUUAAAUAAUAUAAAUAGACACAAAAGUCAUUGGGAAGAAAAAAUAGAGCUGCUAUUUAUUUUGCCAAGGGUGAAUUUUUUAAAAAAAAAAAAAGAUGUAGAGAUAGAUGAUAUCGUGAAAAUCUAUGACGUCGAAUACUUUCUUGCUGAUCUCAUUCUUUUCCACUCUUCUGACUAUUGUGGAGCUAUAUUUAUUGAAACAAAGAAUUUGGAUAGAGAAACUAAUCUUAAAGACGAGUCUUUUGUUGGAAAAAUUAGAAUAAAAUUUGAAUGUGAAAUUCCUUUUGAAAAACUAUACUUUGGUUCUUGCCAUAUUACAUCGCCAAAUAACCCCAAGGAAUUUGAAGAGAUCAUUGAUAUUGGAUAUGAUCAGUUUUUACCUAGAAGUACUUCAUUAGAUAAUACUGAGUGGUACUAUGGCUGCGUAGUUUAUACCGGUCACCAAACUAUAAUAUUCCGUAUUUCAUGUUUGUCUAAAUAUAAAUGGAGUCACUUAGAAUCAACUAUACAAAAACAUGUAGGCAUAUUAGACAAUUCAGGUUUACUUUUUAACAAGCGACAAAUGAAUGUGUGA